AUUCUGGAUUUCUACUUCCGCUGUAAGUGCUUUUCCAUCUCCACUUCCGAAUUAUUGAACUUGUGUUUUCCUGCAGAAUUGAAGAUCGAAGAGCUCUUUUUUUUUCUUUUUUUUUCCGUUUUCUUUUCCUGGUUUUCCUUGAUUUUCUUAAUUUUCUUCCAAUUUUAAGGUUUUUUUUUUAAGGAAAUUAGUUGUUGCAGAGGAUCUGAUUGACUUUCAAAAGGGAAGUGGGAUUUGGAAGUGGACUUCCAAUCAGGAAAACAGAAGGGAAAUAGAGAAGAAAAACAGCAUGCGUUGGUUGAGCUUAUCUGUUGAUGUUUUCCGGAAAGUGAUUCCCUUGAAUUUGUACUGCAGGGUUAUCCUGUAACUUGUUUUCCAUAUUUCUCAGUUUCUGAUUUCUCUUCCUCUUUCUCUUGUUGUUGAUCCUUUUCUUGAUUCCAUGGCUUCCAGGCUCUUCAUCCGUAGAAUUAUCUGAAGUUUGGUAUCAAAAAGCUCUCAUCUUUGAUCUCAAAAUCUCACCUUUUCUUCAUUCAAUUUCUUGUUUCUGUUCUCCAAUUUCAUUGAGUUAAAGUUAAAAAAGAUUUCACCUUUGGGGGUUUUCAAUUGAUCUGUUUGGAUUUGUGGUGGAGUGGUUGGGUUUCUGAGGGAAAGGAGAGUAGUAAUGGUGUGCCAAGCAGCGAGCCAGACGAGAUUCAGAGCACUGAAACAUGAGAAUGGGAUUGCUGGGAAUGCCACCAUCAUUGUUAAGAUCAUAGCUUGUUUCCAACCUCUCCAAGAUUGCCAGGCUGAGUACUUUCGUCAAUUGCUUAAGCCUGUCACGUAGUUCACUUGUUAGCAAUCAUCUAUCUAUCUUCUUCUUCUUCUUCUUCUUCUUCAAAUUAAAGGAAGCAUUUGCAAUCAAAGCUCUAGUUUUUAGUUCACAGAUUGUUGUUAGAUCAAUGGAAGGGAACAUUGAUCCAAAGAAUUCUUCAUGGUGGGAAUACACUAGCUUGAACAAUGGAAGUUUUAAUCUUGUAAUGCCUCCAAUGUUCCCUUCUUAUGCCAAUGCUAUGCUUGGAAGUGGAGAACAAAGGAAUUUCAUGGUGUUUGAUCAUUCUAGAGAUCAAACAAGUUUGAUUUAUAGUUCAGUAGCAGGAACACAACACCCAAGUUUUCAUGCCAAUGUUGUAACCAAUGUGGAGAAUGGUCAUGAGAGUGAAGAGAUGCAUGAAAACACUGAAGAAAUAGAUGCACUUCUCUACUCUGAAUCAAACCACAUUGAAGACCAUGAUGAUGAUGAUGAUGAUGAAGUGAUGAGCACUGGACAUUCUCCAGAGGACUUAAAUUUCGACUGCUCUUCUACACCAACAAAGAAGAGAAGGCUAGACAUCAACAGGGAGUUCUAUGAUACAUCACUGUUAGACACUGCAAGCUCAACAAGCUCAAGAGAAGGAUUAGAAGCUAACAAGAAGCUGAAAAGAAAGAGAAUUCAAGAGACUGUUAGCAUGCUUAGAAGGAUCAUUCCUGGAGGGAAAGGGAAGGACACUGCAGCAGUGCUUGAUGAAGCUAUAAAUUAUCUAAGGUCUCUCAAGUUAAGGUUCAAGAAGCCAUUGAUUGAAGGUGUGGAUAUAAUGCAUCAAUGAAGAUCAAAACAAGAACACAGUGAAUUUAAAGCUUCAAUUUAAGCUCUGAUGAUGUACUCUGAGGAUCUUUUGACAAGGAGAGGAGGCAGAGGAGUGGAUUAUUCUUCAGGACUGAGAGACUGAGGAUUGGUGGGGACUCUGUCUGAGCAGAGAGACUUAUCUGUUGUUGUAUGAUUAAAAUGAUGUGUCAGUGUUGUUGUUGUUGUUGUUGUUGUUAUUAUUAUUAUUAUUAUUAUUGUUGUUAGUAUUAUAUAUAUUUUAUUAUUAUGUGGGAAUGGAAUGGGUGGUAAGAGUGUUGGGGGACCAGUGUUUGGGGUGGUGGUGAUAGGACUUGUCUGGUUUGAUGUGGUGAGAGAUGAGAAACAGUGGAGUUUGUGUUCUGUUUUGAUGUUGAUUUGUACUCUUUGUUGUUGUUGCUUCAGUGUUUUUUUGUAUGGUGAACCUAUUUGCUGUGUGCAAA